CGGGCCAAAAGUUUGUGUUCUACCCAAAGUUCGGCUACUCCCCAUUUAUUGAAGUUUUUUGACUUCCACGAAGUUUUUUAAAAAAUUAUCUUUGUUGUUUGAAAUUAUUUCCGGACUGCCCGAUCGGAUUCUCCGAAUAUAGAGUCUCUUUGGUCUGAAAGUGUUUUUAUUGUUCUGCCAAAAUUUUUAUUUCAACUUCAGCCCAGAAAUUUCAGUUUCUGAAAUUUGCAGCUUGCGCGUUGUGAAUAUAUUACUCUCGGAAUAAGUUUUUUGCGCUCAGUUCGUGUUUUAAGCACGGCGUUUUUUCUGCUGUUUCUACAGUCUGAAAACUUCAUCAGUUUGUGAAAUUUUUUCGUGAUUUUCUACCUAUACAAUUCAAUUAUCUCGAGUGUUUUCUACUCUAGUCUUCCCGUUCUGCGAGUUUGUCCAAGUUUUUCGUGUAGAUUUGGAAGUUUCGUCUUCCAAUGUGCUUAGUCACGCUUGACUCGAUUUUUAGCGUGAUCGUGUAAGCGUCGUCUUACUAUUUUCUACAUUGAUCUCAGCUUCAAAAUGUGCCGUCUUUGUCAAGAGCAGAAACGGGUGCCAGCUCUAACCAGAGCUCUCUCACUCCGAUACCUACCCCAUCAGUUGAAUAAAGAAAAAAAAUCUGUAUACAAUCUAGUGAAUAGCGUAAAAAAUGGCGUCUACCCAGCGCCGCUCCAAAGUCUUUGGGCGAUGGUGGCCAUCAUUACGAGUUUACAUUUUGCUGGCUUCAAGAUGCCCUACUCCUUAACAGACAAAAUACUAACGUUACUACCUGGGAAAACUCUGGAAUGGCAAUUCACGGCCUGCACCAUCAUGGCGAUUGUUAUCUGGCUCACUGUUAUCUACACCCUCCGUUACACGCUGAAGCUCCUGCUUAUGUACAAAGGAUGGAUGUACGAACAAAGAGGCAAGAACAGGCAAGUCUCGCUCAAGACGAAACUUUGGCUCCUCGCAGUUAAAAUCCUCUCGUCCGGCGGAAACAAACCCCUUCUCUACAGCUACCAGGGAUCCUUGCCGCGUCUUCCACUGCCACCCGUUGAGGAGACCAUGAAAAGGUACUUGCGAAGUGUGAGGCCAUUGUAUGAUGAUGAGAAGUACACCAAAGUUGAGAAACUAGCCGAGGAAUUCCAAAGUGGCAUCGCCACUAAGUUGCAAAGAUACCUUGUUCUUAAAUCUUGGUGGUCCAGUAACUACGUUUCUGAUUGGUGGGAAGAGUAUGUUUACCUCAGAGGUCGAUCUCCCCUCAUCGUCAACUCCAACUUCUACGGUAUUGACGCCAUCCUCAUGAGUCCGACCCAGUCGCAAGCUGCCCGAGCUGCCAUGAUAAUCCACACCUGUCUCCAGUACCGCCGGCUCAUCGAAAGACAAGAAUUGGAACCGAUUCUGAUUCAAGGACUUGUCCCUCUUUGCUCUUGGCAAUAUGAAAGAGUGUUCAACACAACCCGUGUUCCUGGAGUAGAAACGGACAAAAUCGUUCACUACAACGACACUAAGCAUAUCGUUGUCUACCACAAAGGACGUUACUUCAAAGUCUACAUUUACCACCAGAACAGAAUCCUCCAUCCUUGUGAAAUCGAAAUUCAAAUGCAAAUGAUCCUAGAAGACACAUCAGCUCCUGCAGCAGGUGAAGAGAGACUAGCGGCUUUGACAGCCGGAGAAAGAACAGCCUGGGCCAAUGCCCGAACCGAAUUCUUCUUCAAAGGCACCAACAGACAAUCCUUGGACGCUGUCGAGAAAGCUGCAUUCGUUGUAGCUUUGGACGAUAUCCCAUAUGAAUUUGAUGAAAAUGACCCUAGUAAGCUGGACCAAUACGGUAAAAUUUUGCUUUGUGGUAAAGGUUACGACAGAUGGUUUGACAAGUCAUUCACCCUUUGCUUCAGUACAAAUGGAAGGAUUGGUUUCAAUGCUGAGCACUCAUGGGCCGACGCAGCUGUCAUGUCUCACCUGUGGGAGUUUAUCAUAUCCGAGGAAACGAUGAGCGCUGGAUAUGGACCCGAUGGACACACUCUUGGAACCCCCGAAUUCAACCCGCCGAAACCAGUAAGGUUACAAUGGGAAUUGAACGCAUCUUGUCAAUCAGCCAUCGAGCGCUCCUACCAAGUGGUGCAAGGCCUGUGCAAUGAUAUUGACCUCAGAAUUUUCAUGCACACAGCUUACGGUAAAGGACUCAUGAAAGAGUGCCGAGUCAGCCCAGACGCAUACAUCCAAAUGGCUCUCCAACUAGCAUACUUUAGGGAUGCAGGCAAAUUUAGUCUCACCUACGAAGCCUCCAUGACCAGGCUCUACCGUGAAGGUCGUACUGAAACUGUCAGGCCGUGCACAAUCGAAUCUGCCAAAUGGGUUCGUGCAAUGGAAGACAAGAACGUCACGACGGAACAGCGCAUCAAGCUCUUGAACGAUGCUUGUUUGCAGCACCAAAGAGGUUACCAGGACGCCAUGUGCGGCAAAGGCAUUGACCGACACUUAUUCUGUCUCUAUGUAGUUUCAAAAUAUUUAGAAGUCGAUUCUCCAUUCCUGAAGGAAGUACUGAGUGAGCCCUGGAGGUUAUCAACAUCCCAAACACCGCAUGGACAGACCUCAAGACUGGACCUGAAAAAGCACCCAAAAUGCAUUUCAGCUGGAGGAGGUUUCGGACCCGUAGCUGACGAUGGUUAUGGAGUUUCCUACAUAAUCGCCGGCGAAGAUCUCCUCUUCUUCCAUAUUUCGAGCAAGAAGAGCUCACCAGUAACUGACUCAAGCAGGUUCGCGCUCGCAGUCGAGAAAGCGUUAGAUGACCUAAAGAAUCUGUUCGCCGACUGGAAGCGGAUCCAAAACCAGAAAAAACCUAGCGCAAACGCCUCCAAACCUGAAGUAGCCAAUUCCAAUAACUCGCACACCAAAAAACUAGAAAGCAACCAUGUAGGAUCAAAACCUGAAGAGGUCCUCUCAAGGCCAAACGAACAAAAAAUACCCAACGGUAAAGACUGCCAAAGCUCCUUUCUUGACUCUGAGAGCGGAAAGUCCGACAAGUUGAGCCGGUUUGAUUCGGAGCUGUUAGAAACAAAACAGUUCAUCAACAAAGUAUAGUGACCCUAGCAAUUCAAAUAUGUGUAUUUCUCAUGUUUUCCUAUAUUCUUGCCUUGGCGUUGAAAAUUAUGUACUGAUCUCACUGCUGUAGUCUGUAAAAAUUGUGGAUGUUCGUCAUCGAACGGAAAAUGAACUUCCGCUGGUAUGAAGUCUUGAUUCAGACUCGGAUUUAGUCAAUCCUUGAUAGUUCAUUUUUUAAGGACUACAUUGAAUCUGUGUAAUUUUUUUUCAGACUUCUUAUGCGGUAAAGUAAAUCAUAUCAUUGAUUUAUACUCGAUUUGUUCCCACCUUUCGCAAGACGAAUCGUAGAUUGUCUUUGCAGAACAUGCUCGGAUCAUCUUUUCAUAGUGAAAAGACUGAUAAGUUUUUUGUUUAAAGAGGAAUUUUUUGGAUUGUUUGACGCAGUAAAAAAGCAAACUUAAGAGAACCUAAGUUAUUUUUUGUACUAAUUUGUUCAACAGAUUACAUGACCAAUUAGUCGAUCUACUUAAGAGAGCUGCGGAAGAUGGGCUGUUUUUAUAUUGGCAUGGAAACUAAAGGCCAGAAUUCCUAUGGUAGAUCUUUGGUCUCGCUCUAAAAGUCAGCCAUCUCAUUUGACGAUUUUACUGUGUAUUUUACAAAGAACAUACGUUAUUUUUACAAAGAAGGUUUUUAUUCUUUUUUAAGAAUUUUUUCCAAGGCGCAAAUUAUCCAAGACUCCUCAAAGGCUACCCAAUUUAAAUUUAUCAACUUGAAAUUUUUUUUCACUCUCGUGGUGGAAAACUACCGUUUAUCAUCGUUUUCGGUCCUGAUGAUUUUUACUCGAAACAAAGGUGCUAAUUUUUCAACGACUGCCAAGCUACAAAGGCAGGAAAAUACGGAACUAUGCGCAGCUGAGUGUGAUUUUAACGAUAUCAAAUUACUUUAGUUCUGUUAGACUGUAAGUUAUCAUUUAAGAUGUGGAUCAACUGUACUGCGUCUAGGAAAAGCAAAACUAUAAUUGAAGUUGUAUAUAAUUACAUCAACGUAUGAAAUUUAAGUUUUCUGUAAAUUUAUUUGUGCUUGUGUAAUUUAAUUUUUCCUUGCUUGUGUCUUUUGAUUAUUUAUUAAUGGUAACAACAGCAUAUCUUUUUCAAUUCAUGAUCACAGAGCAAUUUUAAAAGUUUUUCUUUGUAUACUUUUCCGUAGUUUCAUCUGUUUGAUUUUAAAAUUUUACCGCAAAUUAUUUUUGUAGAAAGCUCAAGUGAUGCCAACUUUCUUCCAGCUCUUUUUUUAAUUUCGAAGUUUAUUUAUUUGCUUUAAAAAAAUGAAAAGUAUUGCUUGUUACAGCAGCACACAAUGCUGUUUCAAGUGUCAUUACUUUUUCUCUUUUAGUCUUUCUGUGAACAAGAAAUUUGAUUUCAAUAUCGCAAUUUUGUGUCUUCAAUUUUACAAGAAGAUUUACCACUUUCAUUCUUACCUCAGGAAUGACUCUAGAAAGAGCCGUAUUAAUGUAUCCAUUACUUCAGUUUCAUUAGUAAUGAACGAAACUAGCACCUCCUUUACUGUUUUUGUGUAGAUAAUUUUUCUUUUGUUAUUCACGUAGAAAAAUUUUGUUUGAUCCGUUUGGAGGAUCAGUUGCGUUUCCUUUCAGAGUCCAGGUUGUUCCGACUUUUAAACGUAAUCUUCCUCUCAUUGUUAUGUUUCUAACCUCAAAGUUCAUACUUUAAAUGACUGUAUCGUGGUCGAUUUGACUCUUUGCUCCUUGAACGUUCUGCUGAUUUCAUUAUAUUGAUAAUAGUGAAUUCCUGUCUGAUUCCAAGGAACUGAAGACUUACCGCCCCACCAUUUAUUUUCUAACUAUCAUUCGCAAAUAUGUUAUCAUUUUGUUAUCAAUUUGAUUAUUUAUUUUUUUCUAGGUCUUAUUUUCUAUUUCAAUGUAUUCUGUAUUUUUAUCCUCUGUGAUAUGUGUAAAAAAUAUAAGAAUAUCGUCUGAAAUCAAAGUACAAAACAUGAAAAAAUCAGA